AUAUUAAAUAAAUAAUGAACAGCUUUUUUUCAUGCACUGCUUGCUAAUUGGCAAUGGCAGUGGUAACUUCCCUUUCAAUUCAAGGCUAAACCCUCUCUCUCUUUCUAACCCAAGAUUGGGUGAUGUUGUGGCUCUAAAAAGAGAGAAAGAUAGAUAUGGGUUCAUGUGUUUCAGUGCAUAAGAGCUCUCAAGAGCCAGCCUCAGCCAUGAAAGUUGGACUUUCUUUUGGGUCUAAAACAGAUAAUAACCUCAUCAUUCCACCAUCACCUGUUAAGGAGAAACCAGUUGCCAAUGGUGACUUUGCUUUCAUAACUCAAUCGCCCUAUACUUUCAAAGAUUUUGGUAGUAAAGAAGAAACCUUUUUCGAUUCCCGAGCAUAUCUCGAUUCCGAUUGUGAGGAUGAUUUCUUCAGUGUCAAUGGGGAUUUUACUCCGUCUCGUGGUAAUACCCCUGUUCAUCAUAGCUUCUCCGUCGGGACAACACCUCGAGUUAGCAAGGUCACUGUGGAAGGAUCACCAAUGUCUGUUCUGGAAACAUCCCCGAUGGGAAAAAAGAAGAAGCUCCUCGAACUGUUCCGAGAGAGCGUUAGAGAAGACCGAAACCUUACUUCAAAAUCUGCAAAUGGUACCCCUUAUCAUGCCUCUGGAGCUACCUCUCUUUGCAGUAGUGAAAGGACUGCUAAUGGAGAUCAUGAUAACCCUAUGUUCAAGGACAAGCCAUUAAAGUCUAUGCAAUGUUGCCUUCCAAGCUUUGUUACAUGCAGUAGCUUCAAUGAGAGGAAGAAGAAGAUGAGCCCUGCAAUAGCUGUAAAUGAUAGGCCUUAAUAUCCGUCAAAUCACUAGCACGUAGGUCGACGAAGCCGGAUUCUCGACUUCUAGAGGCUUGAGAUUAAGUUGGAAGUUUUGUUGGAAGUAGUGAAGUCGUUGGAUAAUGGUGAUACAUAAAUAUGGGGGUUAAAAGGCAUGUAAAGAGGAUCCAAGUAAAUGUUUGAUGUAAAACUCCUAUUAGGAAUUUUACCAACUCAAUCAACAAUAAGUGAAAAUUUUCUUUUCAACAAGAA